UGGGUAUUUUCUGGAAUGACGCUAACCGAGUUUUCCAGCGAAAUACGUAGAUUCUAAAUGUUGGAAAACUCGGGAGGCUGAAAGCUGUACUCUAGAGUAGAGCUCAUGUACCACGACUGGUGGCGUUUUUUGAGUUCAUUAAAGAACUAGAAGCACAGUACACUGUCCAAACGUACCACACGUUGUUUCCUUGGCAGCUACAGUGUAUGGGGAGGACGAUAUAGGCAGGGACAUGAGUCAACGGUCCAUUCUCAGUUUCUUUGCUCGAUCGUCUGGCGAGGGGGGCUCAGCCAAGACACCUGCAGAACCACAGCACAGCCAACAUGACAGUGAUCUCGGGGCUUCCGAAACACAACGUAACUACAUGCAAACAUCAAGUUUGGAACUGGAUGAAAUUGAAUUCUCCUCAGACACAGAUUGUAGCUCCAGUGGAGAUGAAAACGAAGAAGGACCUGUGCCGGGCAACAAACAAAGAGUUUCAUUCCCCACACUCAGCAUUUCAAAAAUAAAAAUCAACAAGAAAGACGAAAGCAAGACAGCAGAAGAGAUUAUUUCAAACAUUACAAGGCAAGCAAGAAAAAGGAAAAGGAAACAUGGAGGAGAAACGCCUAGAAAGAAGACAAGGGGCACAGAUGGACUAAUAGAUCCCCAAGUGCAGCAGACAUCUGACGUCCGGAGAGAGAGUGCCAUCUCUGAAGGUGUCCCUAAUACUUCUGAAUCACAGUCAGCAGACGGGGACAACAAUGGACCUGGUACUUCGCAGCACUCAGUUUUGGAUCCAGCUAAAGCUGAUCGAAAGGCAACAUUGAAGGAGCUGCUUUUGAAAGAAAAUGUGACUGGCAGAUUACAAGAACAUGAAUCUGGCUUUCAGGUUAAGCUGUUUGAGUGCACAACACCCAUACAGUGUCAAAUGUCACCUGCCAUCGAGUCUAUCAUAGAACCAAGGCAAUUACAACAUGUUAAUCAAAGAAUAAGUUACAUGAUUUUCUUUUACAGAGACAUGGAUGGUCCAGAAAUAUUUGCUGCUGUAUCAGGAAUGGCUUACUUACAUGUUGAUCAGAGAAGCUGUCCAGAAUUUCCAAAGAAGAUAGCAAGACGACUUCUGGAGCCAACAACAAUUGAGCUGGAUACAAGGAAUGUGACAGGAGACACGUCACAAGUCAGGAAACAAUACAUUCCAGAGAGAGGAGGAACCAUCAACAUUUGGGAUGUCAUAGACGUGGUCGUCCACAAGUACAUUGCUAAACCAAAAAAGAUGGCAUCAAUCCUCAAGUUCUGCAAAACUUGGCAAAUCAAACGCCCAUCAAUUGCAAUUAAAAAACUUUCUAUUGGGGUUAUGACAAAAUUUCCAAACAUAUUUGACAUGCAGGAAAUAAUUUCUCAUUUUGCAACUAUUGACAGAAAUGAGCCUACAUACCAGUUUGGUUCCAGUCAAAGAAAAGAUGAAGAAAAAGAUGACGAAACAUUUGCAAUGUUUGACUUGAUGCAGGAAGAACACAACAAGGAGACAAUCAAGAGGCUUCAAGAAAACUUGUACAUAAGAAUCAACAGAUAUCUCAAGAACAAAUCUGAAGAGUACAUCCAGCUUUCUUGUGAUGAUCUUGAUCUCUGGCUAAAAGCAAGUGAGUAUAGGCUUUUCCUAGACACAAAAUCAAAGAGGUCUCCCAUAAAAACAUGGAAAGAGAGUCCACCAAAUUUCAGAGAUGUCUUACAGGCCUUAAGUGAACAUAUCUUGCAAAACAAGAUUUUUGGAAAAAUGCUGCAUACUGAUGUAAAGAUGUCUCUGCGCAAUGCUGGUGGAACACCAUGCCCAAAGAAACCCAUCACCAGCUUCAUCCAAUCAAACUUCGCAUCUUCUUCCUCCUCACCUUACUACUUUUGGUGUGGGAAAUGGCUGAAAAUAAAACUUGAGUAUUUCCAAAUGCUGGAUGAAAGUUUCAUGUCUGUCAUAAAACAGCAAACAAUCACCUCAGCAGGUUUGAUGCCUUUGCCUUGGGUUCAUUCACACGCAGGGGAAGCGUCUGUCAAACUGACAACAAAGAGAUUUUCACUGGAUUCUCUUCAUGAGUUUCUGACUGAUUUCCUCCCUAGCAAGGAAGUGGUCUUGGACCUACAGGAAACCGAGAAGCUCUUGAGGUCUCAUGGUGAAGUUAGAGAGGUUAAAGGUGGCAUAGUGUGCUCUUAUCAACCAAGCGAUAAUGAACAUGAUGAAGACCCAUUGAAAUCAUGUGUACAAUUAUUUCUCAGAAUGAACACACCUCUUACGGAAGGUAUGUACAAUGACACUUACAUCCUUUUGGACAAACUAAUCAGAAUGAGAAUAGAGCCAUUACAGACUGGCUUCCUAGUUGGAGACCGAAUGUUCAUUAACAACAUAGAAAUGUUUGAUAUAAUCAUGUACAAUCAGACACACACGUACAUCAUCCAUGUCAAGGAAGGUUUUGACAACAACACAAGAGUCGUGGCAUCUCAGAUUCGAAACUCUGCAGAUAUCCUCUUCAGGGCACUGACUAGUCACAUGACCAAAACUGUUCUUGAUGAAAUGUGGGACCACUUCACGAGAGAGAAAACAAAGAAAUCAGGUAUAAAAUCUCAAUACACCCUUGGAGAACUAGCAAAGAAAGAGGGAAUGGAAAAGAAUCAGCGUGCAAUGAAAUCAAAGCUAGAAGAGAUGAAAAAAGAGGGGUUCAUGAGGCUCUUUAAAGAAAGAGAGAUUGUUUAUGUUUUGGCGGCAAGGGACAAGUCAGAAGAUAGGACAAUGGAAACUGCUGAUGCAUUGAUGACACAGGUUCGGAGUGAAUUUCCUAUGAAAUGUGAGAAGAUCUUGCAAAGUCUUGAGGCAAAACUGUACGUGCAGAAGAAACAAACUCAUCAUGUGGUCACAGAUAGGUUUAGAUAUGUGAAUCAAGAAAACUUUCUCAAAGAUAUGAAGAGCGAUACCCCUGGCAAAUACAACCAGUCAGACAAAGAAGGGGAAAUUCAUGGAAGCAGCAGAAUUGAUUCCAAGGCUGUUUCAAGCACAGAAUUGCAAAGUUCAACAGAUGAAUUGACCAGAGGUUUUGAUAAAAAGAUACCUCAUGCUUCAUCAUCUGCUGGAAGUCCACAAGAGAGUCUUACAGUGACAGAGGAUGCUAGUCCAAGACACUCAGCAGUACCUAUCACUCAAGGUCUCUGGAAGAAGGUAUAUUCAAUUCUAAAAGAUCAGCUCCCAGAUACCAGGUCAUCCAUUGUCAAGUUGGAUCUUUUAAGUCUCUUUAGUCAUUUCCGAAAAUAUCAGAUUGGGGAAAGAAAGUUCCAGCUAAAGGUUUGCUUUAUUCCAAAGUCCAACAAUGACUUUAGAGAAGACCUUGGAUCAUUUCUAAAAGGUUUGAAAUGUUGACAAUCUUCUGGCCGAGGAUAAAUUGCAUGAAAUAUGGAAACAGAUGUGAUUAUUGUCGAUAGAGACUUCAGAUAACAGCAGUGAAGUUGUGACCGUUUUUUCCUAGGCAAGAUAAUUAGGCUAACUGUGACAGAAUCUUCACUUUGCCAUAGACUUGUCACAUCAAGUUGAAUAGGCUUAUUGUGACAGUAUCUUCGCUAUGCCACAGACUUGUUCACGUACACCUGGUAUCAUCACUAUUUGAUAGUGAUUCGCAAACACGCAAUGGACUCUUUUGGUAGAGAUGAAUGACCUGUUGCCUUUAAUAGUACUACUUAGCAGCAUGAUCUACUUGCUAUUGUACAAUGGGCACUUCUUUGGUUCAUAUGAAUGACCAUGGAAAUGUUUUCUGUUGCCUUUAAGAUACUAUUUAGCAGCAUGAUCUACUUGCUAUUGUACAAUGGACACUUCUUUUGGUAGAGAUGAAUGACCAUGGAAAUGUUCUCUGUUGCCUUUAAGAUACUAUUUAGCAGCAAUAUCUACUUGCUAUUGUACAAUGGACACUUCUUUUGGUUGAUAUGAAUGACCAUGAAAAUGUUUUCUGUUGCCUGUAAUAUACUAGUUACUAUUUAGCAGCAUGCUGUACUUGCUUUUGUACAAUGAACACUUCUUUUGGUAGAGAUGAAUGACCUUGGAAAUGUUUUCUGUUGCCUUUCAGAUACUACUUAGCAGCAUGAUCUACUUGCUUUUGUACAAUGGACACUUCUUUUGGUAGAGAUGAAUGACCUUGAAAAUGUUUUCUGUUGCCUUUAAGAUACUAUUUAGCAGCACCUUCCAACAGAUUUUUCCUGUGUGGCAAUUAAAAAAUGCAGUGAAGUAUUAUAUUUCUGAAAUGACAACUAAUGUUAUGGUGUCUUUCUCAUGUUUAAUUACCUGGGACCAGACCCAUUGGCUAAGAUAUUUGUAACCUAUCUCAGGUUGUGAGCGGUCAUAACACCGUGAAUGCCCUGUGAAUUACUAAGUAAAUUGUAAAUAAAAUACAAGGUCUUAUCAGGAUUAUUUCAGCCAUAUAGUGAUGAGAAAAUGUUCAAAGCUUACUUGUCAUUAAUGUUGUUACUGCACUGCAAUCACUGGAUUGUUUGGUCCAGAAUAUUGCAGAGUUCGGUGUUGAACGAAAUCUUUAACCGAUAUUCAUGUAAGAGAGUAAUCUCCCCUCAUUUCUUGUUAGUGGCAAACUACUCUAAUGACAACAUGGACUAAUUUCCUGAGACACUGUCUAGCAGUAUUCAAUUCAAAGUCAUUUUGAACAAAAAUUUUACAGCAUAGAUGUCCCAGUUCUUUUCUUUUGUCUGACUGCAGGGAAUUAAAAUUCAUCUGAAUACAACAGUCUUUCAUAAAAUGUGAAAUAAGAAAUAUAUAACUGCCUUUUGGCUUCCAAAAACCAAACACAAAAAGGGUAUGGAAUAAUUUUAUAUACACCAAGAAUGAUUCAUUGCAUGCAUCUUUUAGAAUGUUCUUGGGUCGAUAAAUACUUAGAAGAAAAUUUUACUGAGAUAACCAGAAACACCUGUAACCAGUGUCUAACUGCACCAAAUGUGAAGGUAUCAGCAUAAAACAGGAAAUUAUCUUUCAUAGAACACAAUCUGUGAGGUAAAUGGUCCUUCUUUUCAGACAUUCAUUGUCAACAUAAUUUAUGUUAUUAUGAGGCUCACGUGUAAUCAUUCAUUUAUGUUUUCUCUGCCUUUAGUUAGUCCCAAGUUGACUGUGCCAUAAGAGCUCACAUAAUAAUCCAACGAGGGUUCUGUGUGAUCAAGUGACUAGCAUGUGAUUGUUGAGUUGUUUCUAAAUUGCGGACUGAGAAAUACGGAUUAGGAGUCAAAAUUGAAAGCUAUUGUGUUGUAGGGUAUAAAAUGAUAUGAAAUGGUUUGCUUUGCAGUAUGGUUAUCAUCAUGACUGAGCAAUCUAGCAAAGGACCCGACAUAUCUUGGGGGAUAACUAGAUCAGAUGUUGGUAAACUUAAAAGAGACAGUAAAAAAAAUUGAGUUGAAGUAUGAAGUUAGCAUCGCAGUUGAGAAUGGCGGAAAAUCGGAGCAGAUUGCUAAAGAGUUUGGCGUUCCACAAAACACACUUUCCACAUGGAUAACGAAUUCUGAUAAAAUCAAAGAAGCGUUUGAGAGCUCAUCCUUCUCCCUAACUAUAAAACGUAUGGUCACAGCUAAGUUUGAAGUAGACGAGGUAGUACUGAAAUGGUUUAAGACAGUUAGGGGUAACAAUAUUAAUGUAUCGGGGCAUAUGAGCGUUAGUGUCUUUAAUUUGUUAUUAUGAGGCUCCUGUGUAAUCAUACUUUUAUAUUUGUCUGCUUUUUAGUUAUUCCCAUUUUAACUCGGUGCCAUAGGAGCUCACAUACUAAGACCUGUGAAUAUAAAUCUUAUUUUAUUUUAUUUGAUUAUACUCAUUUAUUGGAUUUAUGUAUAAGAUUCAGAUGAAGGUAUUCGUUUGUAUGUAGAAUAUAAGAUGUUAAAUUGUCUACUGAAUAUGUUGUGAUAUAAGAGAUCUGAGACUGGUCUGUAUUAUAAGGAUUGCUCUUAGGCUAAUGCUUAGUCUUUGAAAAUAUAUCAUUCUGUUGGAAACAGAGAAGUCCAUUUAAAAUGCAGGAGCCCAAGGUGGGAGAUUCAGAGGCUGAGAACAAUCUAGACUUGCCUCAUUUAAGGCAUUAUAGAGAGGGAUGGGUGAAAGGGAAAAUAAUUUGGUUCAGAGUUAGUGAGUGAGUGACUGAGUAUCUGCGUUUUCCAUUUUACCAGCAAACAGCACGGUAGGGGAACGCAUCAAUCCUAGAACGAGCAGUUUUGGUCAGUGACUAAAAAACCCUUUUAGCUAAAUGGAACAUUUCUGUUGAAGAAUUAUGCACCAUUAGAUAAAAUAAUUUGUGUCCUCAAUCAGGAAUAUAUUCAAUAAGAUAAUAAUUGGUCUCCAAUUCAAUUUUCAAAUACAUAAGCCAAAAAAACCCAUGGUUAUCUGUGUAAGAAUAGCAUAUAGAGCAAUCCUUGGAAUUCAAGGUAUCAACUGAUUUGUUGUGUACAGGGCAGUGCGUCCUCAAAAAUGUAUGGAGAUUUUGAAAACAUGUAAUUUUACAUAGUGUGACAUUACUUUUUUAUUAUGAUAUUUAUCUAUCUUUCAUUGUAACAUAUGCUUUUGAGCCAUGCUUCAAAUAGAUUCUGUAACUUUGCUUCUUGCAAUAAACUCUGGUGCCAUUA